AUGGAUGAGAGGGAGAGCAGGAAGAAGCAGCUGCAGCAGGGCACAUCAAGCAGAGAGCAGCAGGCAGCAGCAUCGUCAUGGAGCUACAGCAGCUGCAGCUUCACUUGGCCACCGCGAUCCUACCCCUGCAGCUUCUGCAAGAGGGAGUUCUGGUCCGCGCAGGCACUCGGGGGCCACAUGAAUGUCCACAGGAGGGACAGGGCAAGGCUCAGGCACGGCUCACCUCCUGCUCUUCCUCCUCUUCGUCCUCCACCACCACCACCACCACCACCGGCCAGGGCACUGCCGGCGAUGAUGAUGAUGAUUCCCAACCUCAACUAUCCACCGCCACAGUACCAUCGCCAUCGCCCCAGCAGCAGCAGCAAGAAGCUGCUUGAUCGUGAUGGUGACAGUAAGGGCCCGUCGUCCAUGGAGCUGGAGCUGGGGGUUGGAGCGGUGUGCAGCAACUGCAACACUGCUGCAGUCACUUCUACUACCCCUACUGCGCAUGCUCCAGCAGGUGGUGCCCCGGAGGAUGCUGACGGCGAUCUCGACCUUGAGCUCAGGCUGGGUGUCUCUUCUUCAUCCUUCCAUCACACACACGUAUACGGCCGGCCGGUGCAUGAUAUGUAA